UUUAAUCAAUUGUGUUUAACCCGUAUCCAAUAGUAAAUAUACCACAUAUAAUAUAAUCUUCUUAAAUUUCGUUAUUUUUUAACCUUCCUUUCCUUUAUAUUUUCAAUAUUCAUGGGAGUUUUUUAUGGUUUCGGAGGGUUCUUUUUUGGAUUCCUCUUACCGGUGGGAGCUGGACUGUAUUGCUGCACCGACAAAGACUCACAACUUGCUGAUUACUUUCUAAGAGUGUUGUUUUUUUGGUUAGUUUCAAAUCAGGUUGUAGCUCCAGUUCUAAAUGCCGUCUUUGGGAAGGUUUCUCCAGCAUUCUGGUCAUUUGUUUAUACUCUCUUCCCUGUUUUACUUCUUGUUCCAAAAUUUAAUGUAUUGAAAGCACUUGAUAACCAUGCAUACUCAUUGUUGAAUUCUGAUUCUCUUAGCAUGGUCAAAUCUAAACUAGAUGAUGUUUGUAUGGCUUCUAGAAGAGCUCUAUCAACCCUAUUCGUAAAGCUUCAAGAUUACUCUAAAUUUUAAACUUUUAAUUUAAUAAUAUUUUUAAUUUCUAA